AUGGAGUUCCAAAGAGGCGAACGCGUCAACCUCAACUUUGAUACUGGCGCAGUCGAGAAGCUGGAGCCAGAGGAACAAAAUGUGCUUCCUAUGCCCUCAUUCCCCGCUUUUGUGGGCGACAUUCAAGAGCGCGAUUCAUCAUCAGCUAACCCCCCAGUCGCGCCCUCACUUAAGCCCAACGUGAACGGUUUCCCAGCACACAAGAAACGAACUCCGAGAGUAUCUGCCUUUAAGCAGCAGCGCGCUGCAAAGGAAAAGCAGGCUGUCGCGGCACCCCCGCCUAAUCCACGGAGUGCCUUUGCCCCAGACCCAGACGAAGAACGAAGAGCCAUCGAUGAGGAAAAUAGGCGAACCAUCGCGGCCAUGUCUGAUGCCGAAAUUGAACAAGAGCGACAAGAGCUCAUGGCAAGUCUCAAUCCUGCACUACUACAGAAGCUGCUGCUGCGGUCCAAUAUCGACCAGGGAAGCAAUGAGCGCGACUUUGAUGCUGAGCCACCAGCGCCUGCGGCUACAAAACCUCCCGCGACUGAAAAGGCCGAAGAAGACAUACAGACCAAACCUGCAAGCACAAAGAAAGUUUCCUUCGCAGCGUCAGAACCUGUGGACGAGUCCAAGUUGCCAGAAUCCACGACUUCCCCUUCCGCAUCCGCCACCGAAACCUCCCCCGACGCCAUAAGAUCCGCCCUAGAGCAACAAACAGACGACUCAAUACACUUCCCCCGACCCCCACAACCGCCCGAUCUCGAUCCCAACGACCCGUCCUUCCUCAAGAACUUGCACGAGAAAUACUUUCCCAACCUCGCCUAUGAUCCCUCUAAGCUGUCUUGGAUGUCCCCCAUCGAUCCCUCCGACAAAAAAUCGCCAUACCAUCCUUCUCAAACCGCCCUCAAUCCUGCCGAACUGCGCUUCGACUUUGAGGGAAACCUGCUCGCACCCAGCGUAGCGAGAGAAAUUCCAACCGACAGAGGGCUGCACCACCACGCCGAAGCCCCCGAAGCAGCAGGAUACACAAUACCAGAGUUAGCAGUUACAGCCAGGAGUAAAGUCCCCAGCCAGCGCUGCAUUGCCUACCAAACGCUAGGAAGGAUUCUAUACCGCCUCGGAAAAGGCCAGUUUGGUGUUGAGAGCGCCCAGAAAACAGACGGACCCGUGCGAGUGGCCAAGAAUCCGGAUGUGGAAGAAGAUGACGAUGAUGAUGGGGAGUGGGUGGAGGAGGAUGUGGGAAGUGCCAUAGCGGGCGGACUGUGGCAAUGUGUUGAAGAGGGAAGAGUGAUUGAGACGUUGACGGAGGAAGCGAAUAAGGAGAGGGGACAUCUUACUGCGCGUACAUUUGCGCAGGAGGCGCUGUGGAAUUGGCGGAGGGGUGGGGGGAGGAGGAGACAUGCUGUUUGA